AUGCCGGGCCUGACCCAGAACCCUCGGUUGGCCUUGCCUGCGCAAAAAAAGAAGAAGAGAGAAGAAAAGAAAAACACGAGCGCCAAUGUUCGCCCCGUUCACGCGCCCCGUUUGCGGGCCCGUCUGCACUCUCCCAUCUCGUUCUUAUCGACGACGAACCGCAGAAUGGGCCCCACAUUUCUCUUGGGACGUCGCUCUCUCCCCUGUCUGCCGAAAGGGAACAAGAUCGUCCAGGGCGUGAUUGGCAGCCGAGUACAGGUCCCAAGGAUCACAAACCCUAGUGCGGUGGAUGCAAAAUAUAUUUUCUUCCUUGAAAAACCAAGCCAGAUUGAUGCACCACCAGGAUCCACCGUACAGGUAUCAAGGAUCAGAAUUGUUAGUGCGGUGGGUCGACAAGGGGGUAACAGGGGUAUCGGCCAAGGGGGUAAGGGUACACAGCGUGCCACACAAUUUGUAGUAGAAAUCAAUGUGCGGGUAGCGAUACAUCGAUUUGGCGGGAUUUUCUAUGGUGAAAAAUGUAUCUGGGUUUGUGAUCCCUGGGACCUGUAA